UCUUGUUUUAAGUAGUCAAUGCACACCUUCAUCAAAUCAUUAACGAUAAAUAUCUUUGUAAAUAAUGCGCAUUGGCAGAAACGUUCGAACACGUAUACCCUCAAUUUCGUCCUAGAUUUACCAAAAAAAAAGUUAGUUGAAAUCCGCGACUCUGCUGCUGCGUCUUCUUGCCUGUGGAUGAGUGUAUCAAGCUCCGUUUGAGAAGAUACUACAUUUAAUUAGGAUACCUGUAGUCAUAUCAAAGCUUUUGCGCGACUCGUUAGACUUUGAGACUUUGUACCGGAGAAGAUUUCAUGAGAAAAGAGAUUAGGAACAGAGAAAUACAACUGCGAUGGCGAAACUGGUGAACGUUUGGCGGGACGAUGACCCGGUCGAUUUGACGCGAAGGCAAAUGCCGUUGAUUGUCGAUGAAAAUCUCACGAUGAUUAUGGAUAUAAACGGUUUGGGAGCAAUCUGUGAUAAUCCAUUAGCGCGUGGCAAACGGCUUGAUGAAUUUACUAUAAUACUUGAUAUGCUUACGAAAGAUGAAAUAAAAGCGUCAUUUAAAAUUACAUGCAAGGACAUGCUUGCAAUUUUAGGUCAAUCUGUACCAUGUGUUGGUUGUAGAAGAAGUGUUGAAAGAUUGUUCUAUGAUCUUAUGAAGUCAGGACAUCCAGCAUUAGAUCCUUUAGUAAUCACACCCGAAGGUAUAUUAUCAAUAAAAGAUGAUGUUUUGGAAUCACCUCAAUUACUUUGUACAAUGAUACAAGGACAUAGCAUUAGGUUAAAUAGUUUAGUCGAAAGGCAACCUAGAAAUAAAAAGUCAAGAAGAUGCGUAUUACACUCACUGGAAAUUCAGCGUAUGAGACCCCUUCCAAGUGCAUGGAGGGAAGUAUGGGAUUGUAUGGAACUUCCAUGCCGCCAGGAACUUGCUCUAAUAGAAACUGACACCCUUGAAGCUACUUUGGAUAUAUAUUUACGUAAACAUCGAUUCUGCGGUGAAUGUCGUACAAAAGUACUAUUGGCAUCUUCUUUAUUAACAACAGAACCUGAACCAACAAAAGAAAAGGGCUACGUUGCUGCUCUAUAUUCCGGGAUCAAACGUUGCAUACGUGAUAGACACGUACAUUUACCUACUAACACAGUUUACAUUAGUACUCUAAUCGAGCGUGCUCAACCAGAACUUAUGGGAAGGGAAAGACAUGCAAAGACAUUAGAAAUUGCUCAGGAAGAGGUACUUACAUGUUUAGGAAUUUGUGUUGCUGAGCGUUUACAUAGGGUUCAUCGACGAUUAAGAGAGGAGGAAACCGUAUGCAAAGUAUUAGCUGCUGUUGCAGUAGAUGCAUUGGCCAGAAAUUUUCAAAUGGCUAUAGAAGUUAAACAAGGUAUUUCUCAACUAGAACUCCUAUAUGAGGAAUUAACGAGGGAAGAAAUAGCAAAACAACAACGACGCGAAAAGUUACGCCUGAAACGCAAGAAGAAGAAAGAACGCCGAUAUGAGACAGAAGAAAAAGAAAAUACUUGCGAUUGUUCCAGUAAAAGGCAAAAUGGUAAGAGUGAAACGCUGUGUGUUUGUGCAGAUGCAAAGCCCACAACACAAAAUAUAGACAGACAUAAAUUACAAGUAUUAGAUCCAAAAAAUAAGGGACCACCUACAUGUAAUUGUCCAGAUUGUAUAAAGAAAUCAAAAUCUAGUAUAUCACAAAGUCAAACUCAGUUAGCAUUCCCCAAAAAAUCAUCUAACUUGCAAAAAAAUACAGUUAAAAAAGGGUCUUCCGAAUCAAAAGGAAAAGUUACUACAAAUCAAUCAAAGAAGAAUGACACUUCUGUUAAGAAUCUUUCCAAAGAAGAAAUAUUUGAAACAUGUGAAUCGUGUAAGGAUCUUUCCGAGAAAAUUGAAGAUGAUCACUGGCAUAGUGUAGAAAACUGCAAAGAUCCAAUAACUAAAGAAAUAGUAGACGCUUGGAUAGCAAAACCGGGCAAAAGAUACAAUAUGUGGAUAGAAAUGGAGAAACGUUUCGAAUUAUCAAUCUCGGACAGGAAGAGUCGUUCUUCGAGUGAACAAUCGUCACAAGAUUGUGGUUAUUCCUCGGAACAUAAUAUUAGUAGUUCUUCUCUUCCUAGUACACCAGAAGGGUCGGAAGUAGCUUGCAGUGAUGGUUGUUGUAACCACGAGAAAGAUUGUCAUGAUACGCGACCAUCUGAUAAACUUGUUCAUUCCAAUACUAGCAUCUCUUUACUAAAGGAAAGAGGUGGUGGCUUAACGCUUACACAGAUGUUAGAAGAUUCCUACUUGUCAGAUGACGAAGAAAAAGAGAGUUAUAUUCCGGCAGAGGAAGUGUUGGAGUUUAAAUCUCGAAUGUGUCAAGUUCUUGAAAAACGGCAAGAACUUCGUCAGACACUUAGAAAACGUUUUGCUAUUUUAUGUAGCCAUCACAAACCCUUUACCAUUCCUAACUAAAAAUUCCUACUAGGUACAGUUACUUAAUAGGAUACAAUCUUUCUUUUUUACAUUGAUUUACUGCCAGUAGAAACACGAACGCAAUAGAUGUAUUUUGGAUAACUGUUAUCAUUGGAGGUCAACCUUCCUGUGUGAAUAAAAUAUCGUUGGAGAUGUACAUCGUAAGAACAUCGUAUGGUAUGGUUUAUCUGCAAGCAGUAAACUGCGUCUAAUAAACUAGAGGUACCAAGAAAUAACUAUGCCUUGAAUUUUGUUGUUUUCUAUGCGGCUCAAUUCAUAAAAAUAAAAGACAACUUUGUAGAUGAAAAUUGUAAUUGUAAAUGAAUGAAAUUUAGAAUCGAAAGUCAAGUGUUAACUCUGAAAACUGCACUCAAGAAAAUAUAAACUAUUAAAUUUAUACUCUAUAGAAUGUAUUAUAUUGGUAUUCAGAGUUACGUGAGACUUACUUCUGUAUGCUUGUAUAAUUAAACGUAAUUUUUAUGAGCACGUAUUAGCCAGAAAACCGCAAAUUAAAAUCAAC